AUGUCGAGGGUCGCGCUUAAUCGACACGUUCGGAAACAGUGCGGGAGACUGUUGUACCGGUGUCCGCUUUGUGAAGUUUUGAAGCUUAAAACUGGACGAACACGUGUCUGGCAUGCUCAAAGUCGUAUAAAUGGAAGAAAUCGCUGCACCGCCACGUCAGAGAGUCUCCAGAAUGUUGGCCGAUUCUUUUUACCAUCGGGAACCAAGAGAAGAAGAAGGAGGCGAGCCAGUGCAAUGAAUUUUAUCAACGAACCGGGAUAUGUUUGUUACAAGUGCGAGAAAAUGUACUCGAGUUCCUCGUCGUUGAGGCGCCAUUUGAAAUUAGAGUGCGGUCAGCCACCCCAGUUUCAUUGUCCCUACUGUCGGUUUAGUUCUAAAAGGAAGUUUAAUCUUCAUGAUUUUUAA